GUGUAUUUCUAUGACAGAAGAAAAAGUGGGUAAUGUUAUGAUGGGAGUGAGGUUUCAUCUGCUUUUGAAAGCCUUUCUUCCUUUAAAAACUUUAAAUAUUGUCACACACUCACACUCACACUCACACUCACACACAUCUUACGAGAACUCUUUCAUAUCAAUGGAACCCGCAGAGCAAGCAUUUUUGGAUCCCCAGCAGCAUCAGCAGCAGCAGCAAAUAUUGGGAGCAGAAUCGACAGACACACUUAUUGAAGCCCAGCGAAUAGCUGCGUUUGCAAAGUUCAAGCCCGAGUACUUUUGGGAAGAAACCAAGGAAAUGCAAAUACAAGACGAAUCGGACACCUGGCGCCUAUUGGCCUCAGCCAGCAUCGAGGACGCCGAAGAAUGUCAUUUUCUAGGAGUAAUGGAUAAAUGGAUACAAGCCGCGGAGCUAAUCAUCCCGCCAGUCAAGAGCACAGAGAUCCUGGAGGACUGCGUAACAGAAGACGGAGCCACUGCGGGCGAGCUCAGGCGUGUGCAUCGUGUAUUGGUUCCAAAGCGUAAGCUCAAAGAUCCGCUUCUCGAGGAGGACGUCAUAGUCAGCAGACUGAAUAGCGGGAUAUACACUCGGUUCAUCCCACGGGUCAGCGACCCCUCGGGAAUUCCGUUCUACUACCCGAGCGUGCACGAGUUUGCCUUUGGCUACGUUGAAACGGGAAAUUCCACACAGCACGACAGCCCAUCCUGUAAGCUGGUCAUUAUUGUGCGUGAGUUGUCGCCCGGCUCAACAAUAGUGACAAAGAAGCACCGGAUGGUUUGGCAGGAUCUCAUAAAGCGACUGUACAAGUGGACAGCCACUGAGCGCUUUGGCUACCAAAAACGAGUAGAACACGAUAUUGUGGUAAGCUACGACCUGUACACAGCAAAGUAUCAGGAACUGAAGGCCAAAUACGCUCUGUAUUGGGUCGAGAACUGGCCCGAACAGACAGAUCCGCGGAAAUUCGUCUAUGAAGACAUCGCCAUAGCCAGCUGGAUCAUCUGUCUAUGGCAAGGCAGCAAUAGCGCCAAAGCCAAGAGACCAAGGUUUGUUGACCUCGGCUGUGGCAAUGGCUUGCUUGUGCACUUGCUGAACAGCGAGGGCUUCUCUGGAUACGGAAUCGACCAGUGUUCGCGCAAAGUGUGGGCGCAUUUCGGCGAAAAAACCGAUUUACGAGCGCAGACGCUGGUGCCGUAUGAGUUUUCAGCGGAAGAUGUGGACUGGAUAAUUGGAAACCACGCCGACGAAUUGGUUCCGUGGAUACCGAUCAUUGCCGCACGAACCACUGGCGCAUCAAAGCCGGGUUUCAUCAUUAUUCCUUGUUGUCCACACGACUUGUCCGGCAAAAAAAUGGUCUUCCCUGUGUCGGCCGGCCAGAGCAAGUAUCACUUGUAUGUGAAGUAUAUUGUUAAUUUGGCGGAGAAGUGCGGAUUUAGCGUUGAGAAGGAGUUUUUGCGGAUCCCGUCGACGAAGAAUGUGGCGAUUGUUGGGCGUAGAAGCGACUGCCAUGCGUACAGGGCUGCGCAUGCCGAGGAGUUGGCGCGCACGGGCGAGCAGGAUUUUGUCGCCAGAGUGCCAGACUCUGUGAAGAAUGAAAUCCGCCUGGCCAAAAUGCGCGAGCGCGACCAUUGUGCAACAAGCAAUUAAUUUUUUUUAUUUGGCAGCGUCUCCCACAAUUUGGCCCAUCAAUGUGUGGGUCACAGUUUUGCCCACCCGCAGAUUAUUUGUGAAAUGUUUUAAACGUCGAUGUAGUAGUAAUCGCCAGAAAUGAUGAG